UACUUUCAUGGCGCACCGUAAAACUACAUCCAUCGAUUAGUAUUUCACCUGAAGUACGGACUCGCAGAUCCUAUGCGAUAGAUAGGUGCGCAGGCAGGGUUGUCGUCGAGACGCAACUUGGCUUUGAGGGGAAAAAGAUACGAAUCCAUGAAAUGAUCUACUAAUAAGAAGAUGUCUGUCUCCCGAAAGAUGAGCUCGCCGGCCGACCAAUCAAAUUCAGACAGAUCUUAAAAAAAGGUCGGGACGGCUGUCCCUCCCCCCCCCCCGUGCUGGAGUUGCAGUGAGUUAGCUAUUGCCCUGUGUACCGGCACAAUAAGUUGAAACCCAGGUACCAUGGCUGGGCUGAUUCGCACCCUGGAGCUUCUGCGCCUCAUGCACGUUGUCAGUGCUGUCCUGGGGGCAGUUUUCUGCCCCGGCUCUGCUCGGGGUGAGCAGCCGGAGGCGAGUAUCAGCCCCGAGAGGUCUCUCGUCUGGGGCGCUGGGCUCGAACCCAGGGCUGUGUUGCCGGUCCGGUAUUUCUACAUCCAGGCAGUGAGCACCUCUGGGAAAAACUUCACUCGCUCUCCAGGAAAGGACUCCUUCCAAGUGCGGAUCACGGCCCUGUCGCCGGCGGAGCACGUCCGGAUCCACGUGCCUCAGCCCCUGGACCGCGGCGACGGCUCGUUUCUGACGAGGUUCCGCUUGUACGGAAGCGUCGCUCAGGGGCUGAAGAUCGAGGUGCUGCACCGGGAUAGGCCAGUGGCCAGGUCGCCCUAUGUUUUAAAAGGGCCGGUGUACCACGAGUACUGCGACUGCCCCGAGGCGGACCCCCGGGCCUGGCAGAGCGCGCUGUCCUGCCCAGCCCAGGACCCCCAGAUCUCCAGGGACUUCAGUGCCUUCCCCAGCGUAGACCUGCUGCGGCUGCUGAAGGAGGUGCCCCAGCGCUUCAGCCAGAGAGGGGGCCUCAUCCACUACACCGUCCUCGACAACCGAGUCUACCGGCGGACCCUGGGCAAGUACACCGACUUCAAAAUGUUCUCGGACGAGAUGCUGCUCUCGCUCGCCCGGAAGGUUCGCCUGCCAGAUGUGGAGUUCUACAUCAACGUGGGAGACUGGCCCAUGGAGAACCGGAAGGUGGGGGACACUCCUGGCCCAGUGCCCAUUAUCUCAUGGUGCGGCUCAACAGACACCCGUGACAUCAUCCUGCCCACCUAUGACAUCACUCACUCCACCCUGGAGACGAUGAGAGGCGUGUCCAAUGACCUUCUUUCAGUCCAGGGAAACACAGGGCCCUCGUGGGGAAACAAGACGGAGCGGGCCUUCUUCCGGGGCAGGGACAGCCGCGAGGAGCGCCUCCUGCUGGCGCAGCUCUCUCGGGAACACCCGCCGCUGCUGGACGCCGGCAUCACGGGCUUCUUCUUCUUCCGGGACCGGGAGAAGGAGCUGGGCAAGGCCCCGCUCGUCGGCUUCUUCGACUUCUUCAAGUACAAGUACCAGGUGAAUGUGGACGGGACCGUGGCUGCUUACAGGUUCCCCUACCUCAUGCUGGGAAACAGCCUGGUGCUGAAGCAGGACUCGCCCUACUACGAGCACUUCUACACACACCUGGCGCCCGGGAAGCACUACGCUCCAGUGAGGAGGAACCUCUCCGACCUCAUCGACAAGAUCAAGUGGGCCAAGGAGAACGACGCUGAAGCAGAGAAGAUUGCCAGAGCAGGACAGCUGCUGGCCAGGGAUCUCCUCCAGCCCAGCAGGCUGUACUGCUACUAUUACGCGGUGCUCCAGGAAUACGCCGGACGCCAGCUGAGCAAGCCUGCGGUCCGGGACGGAAUGGAGCAUGUUCCCCAGCCGAGCGACCACGAGGCCUUCUGCAGCUGCCACAGGAGCGGGCAGGGGAGAGAGGAGCUGUGACAGGGCUCCCCUGCCCGCAGGCCUGCUGGGCUGUUGCCCGGGAUUGUGGGAUGCAGACAUCACUCGCUGGGUAAACUGGACCUCUGUGGCGUUGCUAGAGUGCUCAAAAAUCCAACUGCUGUGCUCUUAUAUUCUCCCCUUUCAAUCUCGCCUGGACUGACCUCGAAUCUGAGUGGGGGGCCACAGGAGAGAAAGAAAGGGGUUUUCUUGUUUCCCAGUGGACUCCACUACAAAUGUGCCAGAAUGUAGCUAUUACUGCAAGUCAUCUGAUACAGACAUGUUUACUCCACUCUUUUGGUUCAUUUAAAUACCUUGUCUCACUCAGUAAAAUUGUGGGUACACUUGAUCUUAGCAGAUGUGUUCUGUUAAAAUCAAACGCAACUAAGGACUAUGGUUAAACUUGAAAUAUUAUGUAGAAUAGUAAAUAAUGCAAUCAUUUUGGUAACUAACUUAGAAUGUAAACCAUGAAGCAUUGUCCCAAGUGUUGUAGGGAGGCAUGUGUGUAAUUUAUCGAAUGUUAAGUUUUAGUGACAGCUGCUGUGAGAUUAUGAUGAUGUCAUUCAAGCUGCAGUGCAUGCCUGAAAUUGAAAUGUUGCAACCUCAGCCUCAUUUCUGACCUUUCAAGUGCAAUCCGAUAUUAUGCUCUUUCACAAGACGCAAGCAGUCUCUUUUGUAGGCCUUCGUAUGAAGACAAAACAUCUAGAAAUGCAGCCCUCUGUUCUGCCUUCUGGUUCCCACCCCUAGAGAUCUGGAGAGAUCUCACUGAGCUGGGCCACAGAGCACAGCACAGCAGCAGGCUUGUGAUGUGUUGCAAGACUUAGCUGUACUUCCAAAGCCAAGGAGUCUGACUACACAGGGGACGAGCUGCUGAUCAUGAAAUUGCAAUCACCUUUUCAGAGGGUUUCAAGUGCCAUCUUUGGGUGCCUUUAGUUCAGUGAACACUGGCCCAUCUCCUUGUCCAAAGCUGCUCUGUCACUGCAGCAUCUCUCCGUCCUACGCAGUAAGGAAGGGAAUACUCAUGACUCGUUCCAGUUGCCCUUGGCUCUUCGGAAAAAUCUGACACACCCAAGUGAUGUUUAGAGGUGAAAUCAAAUGCAUUCCGUACGUCUUAUUCAUGCAACAAAUUAAUUCUUUUUCUCUCUUUUGAACUUCUCUGUGACCGCCUUCCAGUUGUACCUUACAAAAAGAGGUGCUGCAGUUUUCAAAGACACGUGGUUUUCACAAUGUUUACAUAUCGUUUUUUGAUAAGAUAUUUACAUUCCUGGGUCACGUCUUUAUCAUUACGAGUGAAUUUUUAAAAUACGUUUGUAUUUUUAACAUUUAUACAAGUCCUAUAUCUUUUAUUUUUUAA